UUAUUAUAUGAAUAAAUGGCAUGUGGAGGUAACCAAACCCACAGGGCAGUUGUAGAAACUGCGAUUAGGUGGGCUAUUUGUUGUGUGUGUCGCUGUGAAAUGGCAAACUAUUUUACUUCACCCAAGGAAAAAAACUACCUUGCUCUGUAUUGGGUUUCUUUCUGUAAAUGACAGCGACGUGUCAGACUUCUCUCUUUCAUUUAGUAGCAUGUCUGUCCAUCCAUCUGCCCAGCAAGUCUAGAAUAGACUGCCCCUCCCUGUGAUGUAGGCUACUAGGAACUGGCUGUCUUGGUAAAAGUUAAACUGGUUAAAGUCGUUGAAUGAUGCUGUUUUAAAUGUAUUAUAUUGGUUUGAUCUUUGAAAUUAGCUUACUUUUACAUCUUUGUGACAUGCCAAACAGGAGUACAUAACAGACAGUUCACACAAUGCCCUGCAUCUCUUUGUUUACAGUUAGGAAGCUUGGCAUCAAAUAGAAACCAAAACAAAAGAAUUGGAAGUAAACUGAUUGUGCAACCUGUUACAUACACUAUGCUGCCUUUUUUGACACUGCUGUUUUUGACACCUACAGGCUGUGGCCCUUUCAAGUCUCCAUGACCCUAUCGAUCAGUUUGAGCAGACAGACUGCACAGUAAUGAAAUCAAACAAGUGUACAAUUACAGUAUCACAAAGUGCAGUUUAUUGAAGCGCUUCCCAGAGCAAGUGCACUGUAUGAUUUUUGUGUAGAGAGAGGAGGCGUUUAAAAUCAUCACCAUCCACCCGCUGCUUCCGUGACUUCAUGUGGGAGCUGAAAGGUUACUUACGGAUCCCAACAGCUACGGGCAGACCGUAGUGUGAAUGUAAAUUCCUGGAGUACCUGACUUUACAUAUGACAGUGUUAUUGCUAGUGAACAGAGGCUAUUAGGCUGGAUGUCACUUGUCACCUGCUGCCGGGGCCUGUGUGAGGAAGAUGUGUUGUGUCACUGUAUUCAGUUACCUCCCCAUAGAGACUCCACAGGCCAGAGAGCCUCCCAGUGCUGUAAUGCAAUAUGCGUUCAACAGGCUUGCGCUUACUUCAUGGGGCAAUUUGUGUUGUUGGUGGUUCAGAUCAGGUGUAGCCUAGACCGGUGCUGCAUUUUAGAAAGGAACCCUUAGGUCAAAGGUGUCUUUUUAGUGCCCAUGACAAAUAUUUGGCAACUAUUUUUUUUAGUAUGGCGUGUAAAUAGCUUAUUUUGAAACAAGCAAGUUUUUUUUUUUUUUUUUUUAAACCUUGUGUAACUCUCUACCCCUAGUCUCUAUAUAAAUGAUUCUGCAUUCUUCAACUGCCCCUGGCCUGGCUGGUCCUAGCCUGGCCUGCAUUCUUUCGCCCCUGCUGUCAGGUCAGCUGCCACCCCUCGUCAAUGGCUGAGAGAGCAGAGGCAGACGGCUGUGCACAGCUCUAGAAUCAGUGACGUUCAGCUCAGUCUACUAGAAACAGUGAUGUUCAGCUCGGUGUUCUAGAACAGUGGUUCCCAACCUUUUUCUUCAGGGACCCAUGUUUUACUAUGGCCUCAUCAGUGUAAUCUGGCGGCGCCCUCACUGAGGCGUGAGUGAGACGUGGAGAAGGAGGCGGCGCAGGUCAGGGUGCAGUUUAAGGGGAGGUGCAGGGUGCGUCAGCGGGCAGGAACAGGAGGCACCAUCAGCGGGCACCAGCCGUGGAGGAGGAGCAGCGGAGUGGCAGGAGGAGCAGGAGCGUGUGUUCCCAGCCGUGGAGAAGGGAGCAAAGUGCCAUAGAAGAGGAGGCAGGAGCGGAAGCGGGCAGGAGGAGCAGGAGGCACCAGCACCAGCACCAGCCGUGGAGGAGGAGCGGCUCAUAUAAGGGGAGGCAGCAGGAGGCACCAGCAGCUAGCAGCCAUGUUGGAAGAGGACAUGGAGGUGGCCAUCAAGGUGGUGGUGGUGGGCAACGGCGCCGUGGGCAAGUCCAGCAUGAUCCAGCGCUACUGCAAAGGCAUCUUCACCCGCGACUACAAGAAGACCAUCGGGGUGGACUUCCUGGAGAGGCAGAUCAUAGUCAAUGAUGAAGAUGUGCGACUGAUGCUGUGGGACACGGCGGGCCAGGAGGAGUUUGAUGCCAUCACUAAGGCCUACUACAGAGGGGCCCAGGCGUGUGUGCUGGUAUUCUCCACCACCGACAGGGACUCGUUUGAGGCCAUCAGCAGCUGGAGGGAGAAGGUGGAGGUGGAGGUGGGGGACAUCCCCACGGUCCUGGUGCAGAACAAAAUAGACCUCCUGGACGACACAGUCAUCAAGAAUGAAGAGGCAGAGGGCCUUGCCAAACGGCUGAAGCUGAGGUUUUACAGAGCCUCUGUGAAGGAGGACCUCAAUGUAAACGAAGUUUUCAAGUACCUGGCGGAUAAAUACCUUCAGAAACUCAAACAGCAGACAGCAGAGGAGCCUGAGGUGCACUCCACAAGCAAUAAAAUAGGUGUAUUCAACACGACGAGCGGCCACCUGAGCCAGAACUCCGGCAGCCUGAACGGCCGUGAGGUCAUCACCCUGCGACCAAACAAGCAGCGGACCAAGAAGAGCAAAACCCCAUUUGGAGGCUGCCGGCUGAUCUGACGACCAGGAAGAGCAGGAAAAAGGCCACCGCCUGAUCUGACGCCAUUCCCUCCUGUCCUGCGAUGUGUUUCUCGAAAGAGUAGUUGUUAGCCAGUUGUUAGCAACGUGGGUAGUUGCCAAUGGAAAAUUGGAUUGCAACCAACGAAGUCGCUAACGUAGUUAGCAACUAUAGUUUCGAGAAAUGCAAGCAUGGCCUGUCUGUUUGGGGAGAUCCCGUCAUUGCUGCCUGGUCAAGGAGGGAGGGGUUCGGGGGUGGAACUCCUAACAGCGGUGGGGUGGCUUUCCUUGCGGACGACCACUGUGUCAAUCCUGACCAGCUGUACAAAACACAAGGAAAAUGGUGGAGAAGGCCUCCUCGCUUUCACGUACCAUCAAGACACUUGCUUUCUAAAUGGUAGGAAUGAAAAGAGGGAAAUGCUCUUCAUUUGAACUUCUUUUUUUUUUCUUUUUUUUUAAAGGAUCUUGUUCAGCUCGUAUCGACUGUAGUCUGCUUCCCAGCACUGCUGCUAACCUAUUCCAAGUAUGUCUAUGUUCCUCCUCUUUCGAUGUUGGUGGAUGGACAGUGAGAGCCUAGUCUUUGGACUUUUGACUUGUUCACAGGUUGAGAUCUUGUCUCCACCUGCUGUCUGAAAAUGGUACUUCAAGGGAAAAAAUACAUGCAGGGCGCUUACAUUAUGACACACAGUGAAGUACACAGCUCUGCUCUGAAAAUCUUGUAAUUGAUCCAAAUUGUGCUUUUGUAUUGGUGUGGACCAGGGUAUCAUUCUUACACAUCAGUGGAACAUAACUUAACAUAACCAUCUUUGUAUAAAAAGUGCUGUUUUUGUUUUAAUUUUCCGUUCAUUGGGGUGAAUAUUACCUGCGUGCAUUUGA